AAAAUUCUCAAGAACCCUAAUUUCUUCAGAUCUUCUCAAAUUUCUGAGAAAAUGAAGGUUGUCGGUGCAAAUGUCCACUUCCAGAAGUUAGAAGCCAAGUGCUCAUCACCAACAUUCUUUCAAAGCUAUCUGCAAAUGAUAGCCGCUCAAGAACUCUCCGAAUUUCUUCAAAUGGAGAUUCGCCUCAAAUUCGAGGAAGAAGUUCUUGAAUUCAACAGAAAUGGAGAGGUCAAAACUGUUCAUUCAAAGAAGAACCCACAGAGGACGUUUCCAGUCAUCAAGUCCACUGUUGGAGGUACAAAAGUGAAGCUUUCGCAAAAGAAAUUGGGAGAAAAGCUUCGCCUUCCCAAUUUUGGAGUUGAAGUUGGGAAAUUUCCAGUCAAAAAUCUGGACUGGAACAUCAUUGGAAUCUCUGCGCAAGUUCCUUCUGGCCCAGCAAAGAAAGCAGAUCUAAACAACGAUUACAAGUUGGUUUUGGAACUGGUCAUCGCCUGCCUCGAGUGUGGAAGUGGAGUUAAAGGGAAAAAGUAUGAAGCCAGAUACUGGCUAUACUACUUAUCUUACAAAGGAGAAAACAGAGCUAGUGCUAGUGCCACUGCAGAAGAAAGCUCAUCAGACAAUGUUCCACUCAUCAAUUUCGCAAAGACUACCAAGAGAAAGCAUGUGGUGUCUCCCUCUCCUAGUACUGAAGCACCACAGAAUCUUGCUCCAAUAAAUCUUGAAGAAGAAGAAGAAUCCUCUGACCAAGGAGAACUUCAAAGGAAGAAGAAGAGGAAGAUCAACUCUCCAUCAACAUCUGGAAAUGUCAAUCCGGAUGAGUUGAAGGAGAAGGAACCUGCUGAGGAAACCUCUGCUCAAAACCGGAGCCCUCAACAACUUGAAGAAGAAAUUCCUCAAGUCCAAAGCCUUCCAACCUCAU